AUGCCCGCCCCAGGCGACCAGCAUACUUCCAUCUCCAAACCAUUCGAAGCGCCCCAGCAGCACAUGUACGAGUACACUGCCCAAGAGAUCGCUGCACUCCAGACCCAACUUGAAAAGCAGCUCGGCCCGGAGUUCUUGUCAGUGCGCCCGGGAAACGGCCAACAAAAGGUGCACUACCUUAGCGGCGAUAAAGCCAUCGCACUUGCCAACCAGGUUUUUGGCUUUAAUGGAUGGUCCUCGUCUAUCAUCAGCAUCGAAACGGACUAUCUCGAGGAGGAUAAGCAGAGCAAACGGGCCAACAUCGGCAUAGCAGUUGUCGUGCGCAUCACGCUGCGUGACGGAACGUAUCAUGAGGACGUGGGCUAUGGGAUCGUUGCGAACGGGCAGUCGAAGGGCAGCGCUUUUCAGAAGGCCAAAAAAGAGGCCACCACAGACGCGCUGAAAAGAGCGCUGCGACAAUUCGGCAACGUGCUUGGAAACUGCCUCUAUGACAAGGCGUAUCUGACCAAGGUUGUCAAGAUCAAGCCGCCGCAGCCAAAGUUUGACGAGGGUCGUCUACAUCGGCAUCCAGAUUUUGUGGUCAAAAAGGAGCUACAGAGGGCCGAGCCCAAGGCGGAAAGGCCAACAAUGGCCCCUGCGCAGCCACCGCCACCUCAACUGCCGACUGCGGAGUCUUUCGAAGAUUUUCUGGAGGAGUUGGAUGAGGCGGACUUCAACAUCGAGGACGACAGUAACCCAGACGAAAUUGCUCUACCGGACUCGAGUGAGACGAAGUCUAACCAAUCCAGCGGAACGAACGCGAGCAACAACCAACUGAAAAAUGGAGGGAGCAACCCCAUGCAACCACCGGCCAGACAGCUCUCAAGGAUAAGUUCAGCAGGGAGCAACCCUCCGCGACAAGCACCACAAACCCCAGUUCAGCAAGCCGCGAAAUCUAACCCCAACAACUUUGCUGGAGCAGGCGCCCGCGGACCUCCCGCCGCCGCUCGUCCACCUCAGCAAUUCAACCAGGCCCGUCCCGCGCCCCCGCCCCAGCCCCAGCCCCAACCCCAGCCCAAUAACGCCAACCAGAACCACCACCAAAAUCCCAGCCGAAACCCCCAAACCCACAUGACACCCCCACCGGCCGGCCACGCCGUGGUCAACAUGGAACCCCCGGCGGGCGAAGCCAGCUUCUUAUCCGCCCGUGCGAUAAAGAGCGUCCCCGACAAAGCCAUCGAAGCGGGCGAGUUUGACCGCAAGCCGGGACACGUCUUCAACCCACGUCUAGAGAGCCCCUCCAUCCGGCGGACGCCAGGGGUAGACCACUCGGCGACCAAACCGGUGUCGAAAAGCGGCCGGCACGUGCCCGGGAUAAAGACUGACGACGCAGAAGGGGAUGGCAUUGCCAGUGCUACCGGCAUUGGCGGUGGUGGUGGCGGCGUGGGCGGUGGUCGGGGAUUUGCCGCCGCACCCCGUCCUGGCCCCCCUGCCGGUCCUGGUGCUGGUGCGGGUGCUGGUUCUGGUCCUUCUGCUGCUGCUGCUGCUGCUGCUGCUGCUGCGGGCCCGAGAACGGGGAACAUGUUCAACCCACAGCUGGACCAAGCCCGGCGGAUCGGCGCCCCGGUGUCGUCUAGCCCGCUGGGCAACCGUGGCCAGUUCCGCCCGCCGACUAUCAAGCGGCCUGCGGGGGGCGACGGGCCUGGUCAUGGCGCUGUCGCCGGUGCGAAUGGUGGUGGGCUGGGAAGGGUGCCGUUGGGGGAUGUGAGUAAUGCUCCUGGUGGUGGAGGAGGCAUAAGUGGUGGUGGUGGGGGGGUGGUGAAGGGGCCGGAUUUGAAGAGGCAGCGGACUUCUUGA